GGAGCCGGCACAGCACGCGUUCCUCCUGGAGAGCCCACGUCGAUGAAAGCAAAGACCAGCUCCAGCCCCGCAGCCAUGUCCUCAUCCCUGCGAGUGAGCCCCUCGCUCCACGGCUACCGCUUCGACACGGCGCUGCGCAAGAAAGCCGCGGCCAACAUCUUCGAGAGCAUCAACGAGGCCGCCCUGCAGAAACUCUUCAAAAACUCCGGCGACAAGAAGGCGGAGGAGAGAGCCAAGAUAAUCCUCGCCACCGACCAGGACAUGGAGGAAAAGACGAGAGCGCUGAUGGCACUAAAGCAGAGGAGGAAAGACAAACUGCUGCAGUUCCUGACGUUUCGGAAAUACUCCCUUAAAGUUCACUGAGCUGGAGGAGGCAGCAAAAAUAGGGAGAACGUUUUGUGACCGGACUGGUUGAGACCUCCAAGAAUGCUCAGCGUGCUCUGCUGCCCCGUGGGCCUGGGGACCUGAGAGUAGAGCAAGGGGCUCCAGCCUCACUGCAAAAAACGAGCCACAGCAGCAUCAGUGCCCACUGGUGUGGCCAGCACUGGUGUGGCCAGCAGGAUCAGUGCCCAUGGCACAUUGGUGUGGACAGCAGCAUCAG